AUGGAGUAUGUGCAGGUGUUCAACCACCUUGCACAAUAUGCGUCGGACGAGGUCAAUACCGACAAGCGGAAGCAAUACCGCUUUGUGAACAGCCUCAGUUCCAAGAUGCAAGACCGGCUGUCAGCACAUGAGUUCAACGAUUUCAACCAGCUACUAAGCACCUCUCUCAUGGUGGAGUUCAAGUUAAAGAACCACCAUGAGGAGAAGAAGCGCAAGAGGGUUCCGUUGCCUUCCAUGGGUGGGAGCUCUCAACGUGCACGGACAGAGAGUCAACCUCAUCCAUCACAUGUGAUGACUUCAGUCAUUCCACGACCAAUGUGGAUGGUGUGGCACCCAUCUUUCUUUGCUCCGCAAGAACAACUUCCAAGACCCAUCGGUUCCCAAGCGAGUGUGACUGGUGGCCCGUGCUACAACUGUGGGCGCGUUAGGUAUUUCGCACGUGAUUGCCCUUAUCCGAAGUCGGGAGCCACGGUGACUACUUCAAGGACACCACCACCUGCUCCAUCCGUUCAUCAAGUCUCCAAGACGGCGCACAUUCCCAAUCAUGGUCGAGUGCGCUACACCGUCGUCGUGGAGUCUCAUAAGGAAGACAACAUGUUGAUGGGUAUGUUGUUUGUGAAUUCUUGCCCUGUAGUUGCGCUUCUCGAUUCUGUUGCAUCUCAUUGUUUCAUCAAAGAGUGUUAUGUCUCUUGUCACAGCAUGAUCACCAAGGUUCUACAUUCCUCUUAUCGUAUUGAUGCACCCAGUGCUAUAUUGAGGACCAACUGUGUCGUUCCUUUGGCUGAGAUUCUCAUUGAGGGAGUUCAGUUUUCUGCAAAUUUAGCCCUGCUGGAUACAAGAGGAGUGGAUAUCAUAUUGGGAAUGAAUUGGCUUGCCAAGAAGAAGUCCGUUAUUGAUUGUGCUCGUAGGACUAUCACUUUUAAUUACAUGUCAGGUACCCAAGUCCAUUUGAAGCUUAAGGAGAUUCAUCUUUGCUUUUAUGCCCUGAAGGUCGUCACCACCCCGGAUCUCAAGGAUUUCCCAAUGGUGUUUGAAUUUCCCGAUGUCUUCCCAGAAGAAUUGCAGGAAUGUCGCCCAACCGAGCAGUGGAAUUCUUAA